AGUGCGCUGUCGGACUUUCGGAGAGUUCAGUGUUGUGCGCUCUCCCGUGCGUCACACGCUCCACAGCUCCUCCACUGGAACAGCGCACGAGCCGCCGCCUGGCACCGUACAUGCGAGCACCUCCUGGACUCCUGCUCCUCAUCCGACACCUCCUUUCUCCUCCUCCUCUCGCUUCCACUGGUGGCUGCUGCUGCUGCUGCGUCCGCGGAGCGACAUGGACGUCAUCCCAAUGUGCAGCAUCUUCCAGGAGCUCCAAAUCGUGCACGACACCGGAUACUUUUCGGCAUUGCCAUCCCUGGAGGAGUACUGGCAGCAGACCUGCCUCGAGCUGGAGAGGUACCUCCAGAGCGAGCCCUACGUCUCGGCCACCGAGCUCAAGUUCGACAGCCAGGAGGACCUGUGGAGCAAGCUGAUGCUCGCCUGCGGGGACAAGUCGAAGGACCCCGACCCAAAGAUCCCCUCCAUCAAGGAGGAGGAGGACAAUCAGGACAGCCAGCACGCGGACGCCGGCGGCUUCCACUCGGACGCCAGCAGCGAGGCCUCGGACAGCUCCGAGGAGCUCUCCCCCACCCUCGACUUCUCCUCCGGAAACUCUUUUACUGACAUUCUGGGCGAUGGCGGCGAGGACUUGGGCUCGGCCAUCAUCAGCACGCCGCCGUCCUCACCUGAGCUGGGCAAGGACGGCUCUGCAGCCCAGGUGUGGAGCGGGACACAGACGGCGCUGCACUCGCCUGGGAAAAUAAGGACAGGGGGCACGGAGAGGGCCGUGGACAGGUCGGGGGUCACCAGCGGGGAGGCGUCGCCCGACGGGAGGAGGCGGGUGCACCGGUGCAACUUCAACGGCUGCAGGAAGGUGUACACCAAGAGCUCACACCUCAAAGCACACCAGCGCACACACACAGGUGAGAAGCCCUACAGGUGUUCAUGGGAGGGCUGCGAGUGGCGCUUUGCACGAAGCGACGAGCUCACCAGACACUUCAGGAAGCACACCGGAGCCAAGCCAUUCAAAUGCAGCCACUGUGACAGGUGUUUCUCCCGCUCCGACCACCUGGCGCUGCACAUGAAGAGGCACAUCUAAGAUGGCCUCCGUGUGGACGGCUCUGAGGGAUGAUUCUGGUUGGUUGUCCCGACCUGUUGGGGGAUCAGCGAGGCCGGUGUGUCCUGGGAGCGCCAGCAGGAGCACCGCCGGGUUCCAGGCGCUGGGAAAAAAACAUGAAGCAACGCAGGCUAUUAUUUGCACCAUACUUAGUGCCUCCAAGCCCUCGAUGUGGAGACAGCUCUUCAGAGGCUUUUUGCAGAGGAGGAGGGGGGGGGGGAUUUAAAAAAAAAGAACUGGGAGAAAUCUGGGCUGGAGCAGAUGGGAGGAGCCUCUUCUGUAUGGUGUACGACGCUUUUUUCCUGGAGGAUUAUGGGACUCCUUUGGGGGGGGGGGGGUCGCCGUGCCUCCGAUGACAGUGUGUUUGCCUGUACGCAUGGGGACUGAGUGCCUGUGACUGGGAGCCUGUGACUGGCUUUAAUGGAGCAGAUGGAGCUUGCAUUGUGGAUCGCGAAUGAAUGAGUGAAUGACCAGGAGGGGGCGAUGUUGUGCUGUUUUUUUUGCGGGGGUUGGGGGGGGGAGAUAUCUUGUUGUCUCUCUGAAUGCAAGCGGAAAAAAAAAAUACGGUUCUGUCUGUGUCCUUUGAGUCUCUGGGCUGUGGAGUGGAGCAGGAGGGCGCCCCCUGUGUGCCCGGAGGUGGAACUACAGCUCCCUAUUCAAAAGUGGGAGGUUGUUUUGUUUAGUGCAGCUAUUAAAUGUGCAAUGUAUUAAGUAGCCUGUCUCAAACCAUACACGCUAUGAAGCUCAUUUUGUUGUCCAUUGUGUGAGCUCUGUAUCUUAAAAACAAAAAAAACACACAAAAAAAAUCUACGGUUGUGCACAAACAGUUGUCACCAUUAUAACAGACAAUGCAUGGGAUCGGGGGGGGGGGUUUCUCACCCGUUUGCUUAUGGGACAACUGAAUUCCAUUCGAGAGCAGCUACCUUCAUAUUAUGCUAUCGUAGUAUUUGUACAAAACACAUAAGGCAGUCGUUUUAUUUUUUAAUUGUAUUGAUAAGUUGGGGAUACCACUAUUGCUUGGCAAAUGUCUUGACCAUGGGGGGGGGGGGGGGGUGUUCCUUUCUCUUCACGUUAGCGCUUCUCUCUUUUUCUUUUCUAUCUGUAAAUGCACUGUUGACCUUACUGAUGCCUUAUGUAAGUGGCCUUGUCCUGUUUAAUAGAUCACUCUCUCUCACACACACACAAACAGACACACACACACACAGCUAACGGGGACUGCUAAUGGGGGAUUGUGGUAGAAUAGCUUUAUAACGGCUCUGAUCCAUACAGUCACACCUUUGCCCCUCUUGUCCCCAGACAGACUCGGAUAAUAAAACAUAAAAAAACUACACAUCAGCUUCACGGUGACUGACAUCUUUACAUUUCUGUGUCGAUCACACAUCAGAGCUGCAGCUCGAGGCCCGGGGCCGGGUCGUGGCGCCGCUCGGUGCCGUGAUGGUUUACUACCAUGUAGUAUCAGCGGACUGUAACUCGCUGACAAAGGUACAAAGGAGUCUUGGAAAGAUGUUCUCAUGAAGCGCGGCACACUCGUCCCAGCGAGGAUGUGACAAAUGGAGAUUUACUCAGAGAGAACCAACACACUGGGGCCACUUGUCUCCGUGGAUGUGUCGGAAUCCCCCCCGAGGUUCAAAGCAAACGUCCUUCAGAGCCAUGACCACAUUCUCAAUCAUGAGUCUGUUUAGAUGUUGUGUGUUUUGCCCUCAGGCGGAGUCCUUGUCUUUACUCAGUCGUGGUUUAAACAACCCAUGAUCUGACUGAACGGUACCUAAACCAGUCCAACCAGUUCAGCUGAAACCUGCUUUGCAGAUCUUGGGGGGGUUUCUGUGUUUCUCUGCAGCUGACCUGAGACCAGACUUUAGGACCAGAUGCAUGUCUGUACCAACUUCACUAUUUUGCAUGUUUUAACUUGAGUUACUCGACUUCACCACGCUCCUCCGUGGGUUGAUAGAAUUCUCCGAUCUUUCUGAUUUAUUGGAAUCUCUUCCGCUCACAUUUGGACAAAACAUAAUCACCAUUUCACCCCAUUUCUAGAAAAAUCGGUUUGGAGCCACAGUGUCAAUGUUUUUGUCAAUAACUAAAACGUGUGUACUCUAAGGGUACGGCUGAUCUGCGUGUUCACACAACUCAACGUCUGUCACUCAGUAGUCACCAUCACAGGUAGCCUUGUUCCAACUCUGCAGCUGUACAGGUGAACCUUAAAGAACAAGAGAAAUCCAUGUUUCUUUUUACACUGAGAAAUGUCAGAAAUGCAAAGAUUAUGUACAAUGUAAACUAAGAGAAUUUUCUAUGGAAGCUUCUAUUUUGAAAGGGUAUGGGACCAAAACAAACAAAAACAAAAAAAAAUGGUGUGUUGUUUCUAAACAUGAACCAAUAAAGACAAGAGGCAGAGGAAUUACUGUAAAAUAGACUCGAUCCAUUCUCCUUCAUUCGCUUCAUCUUUGGUUUCGGUUGAUUCGAAAUGUGCUUUUAUUUUUAAAAGGCAUCAAUAGCGCCUAAACCGGUGGCCUGUCUUCAUUCAAGGAAAAAAAAUAAUAUCAGACGUGAAUUGUUCUGGACACUUGAAUUGUUCUAAUUUUGCAUUCUGGUGCCUGCUGAGAAUUACCUUUGUUUUUCCUUUUUGUUAAAAAAUUUGCCAUGUGAUUUUGUUUCUGAAUUUUUCAUGGACGCCCGAUGUUUAGCCGGAGAAUCUUUAUUGAACGAACGUGGAGAUAAAAUGUGAGGCUCUAUUUUUGUUUGUUUUAUGUUAUAACAAGAUUUUUUCAUUUUGAAAUUGUUUUGUAAAAUAGUUUCUGUAUGAAUGUAUUUUUUAUUGGAAAAUUGAUAAAAAGACUUUAUUGGA